AUAAAGAAUUUCUUUUAAAAAAAGUUGGGGUAUCCGAGCUAUGCAUAUAUUUAUUUUCUUAGUUAAUCAGUAAUUAUAUUUAAUUAUAAUUACGAGUUGGAAUAUCUGAGUUAAUUAAUUAUUUUAUUUUAUUAUAACAGGAUUUUUAUUAUCUUCAUAUUUAUUUUGUUUAAUAACUUAAUAAUUUUAUUUGUUUAUUAUUAUUUUCCCCAGUACAAAUAUUAUGUUACUGACGUCACGUGUUUUUGUGAUAUUCAGAGACGGUUUAAAUUUGUUUUUGUCAACAAUAAGAGUUAUUUUAAAAACUAAGGACCCAGUAAUCAACCAGGACCUGGUUCCUGAACUUUUUUAAAUUUAUUUUAUUUUUAAAUUUUUUAAAAAAUUGUUAUUGUAUGCAAAUUAAUAAAUUAAUAAAUUACUGUCACUGGUAUCAAGUGACAGCUUUAAAAAAAAUUGAUAAUUGAUAAUUAAAAUUUUAAGUAAUUAUCAAAAACAAUGUGUCCGUUUAUGUGACAUUAAAAUCUAUGAAUUAUUUUGAGUACACUGAGUACUUAAUAAUGUUGAUUACAGAAUCCAACAUCUUGUAAUUGCAUAAAUAUAUAGAUAUUCUUUUUAUAUUAAUGGAUCACAACCACAAGCCCGAGUAUGGAGUCAACUUACGACGAGAAUUUAUCAGAAAAUAUAUUUUUGCGUUCACUCGAAACAAAUUACCGUGAAAUAUUUAAAAAAACAGUUGAUAACAACUGGAUAAUUUGCGUACCACGUACAGGCAGUUUUAAAAAUAAUUAUAUUGUAACUGAGAAUGACGUGUCAGGACAUGUGCUGAUGCCUCAGAGUCAGGAUGACGAUUCCGAUCAUCAACAGACAUUUAAAACAAUCACCGGUAAUAAAAUAUUGUUGAUGAACCGUCAUCUGAGUUUCAAAGACCACGAGUUUAAUAACAAAACGUCUAGAUUACUUUUUGAGGAAACAUUUUACACGGAUAAUUUAUUAAAGUAUACAGUUUGGUGCAUUGAACGACCGCUGACACCUGGAUCACUGGAUCUAGACAAUGAUGUUGUGGUUUUAUCAAACGUCGGUGACUGUAUGAAUUUUUUAUGGACAGAAGUUGAUGAUAAAAAUUUAUUUCGUGACUUGGAUUGUUUGAUUGAGUCGUUUGAAAAUUCGCAUAAAAACAAUUUUUAUAAAAAUAGUAUAGAAAUACAGCGACAAUUGAUUGAAAAAUUGUAUCACGAGUGUUUGGAUAAAAUAAUAAAUGCGACAAAAUUACAUGAAAAAAUAACAAGUCCGCAUUAUUGUCGUACAAUAAAAUUAGCCGUUGAAAGUUACGUUUUGUAUGAGUUACGUAAUCUAUUACCGGGUGCUGUGUCAACGACUACGUCUCAAGAUGACGCGGAAUUAAAUAAAAUAAUAAAAAAUCUUUAUAAAUUGGAACUGAAGGAUCUAACAGACAUUCGUCAUGAUAUACAGUCAGGAGUAGCACGUGGUAAAAUUGAAUUAUCACGGUUGGAUACCUUUGUCACGGUGCUUGGUAAAGUCGGAUGUUUAAAACGCGCAGUACAUAAUAUAUCAGAAAAUAUUUAUACAAUAAGUUCUGAUGAUUUAUUGCCAAUACUUAUUUACAUUGUCGUCCGUACCGGUUUACCGAAUUGGAUUGCGCAGUUGGAAUUUAUGAAACAAUUGAGAUUUUCAGCUAAUGCGUCAAAUGAAUCUGAUGAAGUUGGAUUCCUCAUAACAACUUUAGAAGCCGCUGUAGAACAUAUAAGAUCAGGUGAACUGUCUGUGGAAAAUCAAAAAAUUUCUCUAGUCAAAUCUCUAGAUGACUCAUCAUCGUCAUCACAAGAUAAAUCAAUCGCUGCGACAGUAAACGAAUUUUUUACCGCCGUUCAGAAGUGCGAUUUAGAUAAAAUCGAGAUAAUUUUAAAUCAAAAGAAACAAAAGUCGACAUUAGAAUCAAAACUCUGCCAUCCACUGUGUCGGUGUGAGAAGUGCGAGUCCAGUUUCACUGAAAUUCAAUUGGCGCAGUCUAGUAGGCCGAGCAUUAACUCCAAGGACGACAGUGGCAGAACAGCACUUCAUAUUGCCAGCUUGUGCGGGCACGUGGCAGUAGUUGACUUUUUGUUGAUACACCACGCAGAUCCCAACGACGUGGACAUCGAAGGUGUCACUCCGCUUCACUGCGCAGCAAUGCGAGGUCACCAAAAUACCGUUUUGCUUCUGCUGCAUGCCAACGCGGACCCAAGAUUACUUGACAAUCGAGGGAAUAGUCCACUGCACUUGGCAACAGACAGCGGGCAUGAGGGCUGUGUCAAAGCCCUGCUUUAUUUUUCUGAACAAAUGGGAGUGUCAAUAAAUACGAGCUGCGCUAAUAAUGUUGGAGAUACUCCACUGCAUCUUGCUUCCAAAUGGGGCUACAUGACCAUCGUUGAAAUUUUACUGGAACAUGGAGCUAAAAAACGCGUUGCCAAUCGACGUGGCCAGACACCCUUGACUAUUGCGCACAAUAGUCACAUACUAAGACGUCUUGAAGAGCAUCCAGAUACCGUGGAAACGGUCCGCCGGGUCAGGAAUCGCCGCAGUCACCAGCAAUCUCAUGAAUUAAAAUCUAAAAUUAAAAACAACAAUAAAAAUACUUCAGUAUGUGAAGAGGCGCCGGAUAAAAUUCAAAAAGUUGACAAACUAUUGGCUGCAAUCUGCAGCGGGGACAUUAGACUAGCUUGCUAUUAUCUGGGACUUGAAGGUCCACCAGUAAAACCCGCCGAUGAAACUCCACGUCUCUGCCAUCCUCUCUGCGUUUGUGAAAAGUGCGCGCCUUUGGAAGAAGCAACUGAUCAAGACAACCGGACGAUAGCCUUAGGGUUAAAUGUCUCGAAUGCACGAGGAGAGACAGCUCUCCAUUACGCCAGUGCAAUUGGUCUCGUUGAAUUAGUUCAGAUUUUACUUGACGCGGGAGCUAACGUAAACUCCCGAACGACAAACAAAAAUCGUACGCCUCUUCACGUUGCCUGUCUCUACAGUCAAAUUCAAGUUGUAAAAUUGCUGUUGAAUUGCUGUACAAUUGACAUAAAUGUACAUGAUUACACCGGUGAUACGCCGUUACAUCUAGCUGCCAAAAACGGUGACUCAAAUAUUGCCGAACUACUGCUGCGACAUGGUGCCGACAUUAAUUGUCGUAAUUUCAAAGGCGCGACUGCUCUCGACGAAGUCCAAGAUGUUUUUUGUAUGAAAAUUUUAACAUCACACAGUGCAAUUGAUAAGACUAGUUGUCAUAUUGACGACAUUUUAUAAACGUACAUUUUUUUUUUUUUUAAUUGUUUUUAUUUUAUAGUAAUAGAAUAUCAUAAACUCACGUCACAGUUCAUAAAUCGUGUAAAUAUUAUAUUUACAAAUUAUUAUUUACAAUUAUCAUUAUUUUUUUUUUUGUUUUUUUUUUGUUUUUUUUUGAUUACUUUUUUUAUAAUUCAAUAUAUAAAUAUAUAUCUAAAAAUUGAUUUUCUUUUUUAUACAUUCCCAAUUCAAGUGCUCGUGGAUUCACAACAAAAAUACAUUUGUAUAUAUAUAUGUAUAUAUAUUUUUUUUUUCUAACAAUCACUAAAUAUUUUAAAUUAUUACAAAAAAAAUAAAAUUUGUGCUCACAUAUAAAAGAAAAAAAAAUUCUAUUGCUAUGAUUUUUAAAACUACUGCAGAAAAAAUGAAAAAAUGACAAUAAACUUGACAUAUUUUUUGAUUACGACGUAAUUAUCACAAAUUUUCCUUAAAAAUAUUAAUUAAUUAAUUUAUUAAAUUAUAUUUUGGCGGUAAUUCGCGUAAGAAAGAUAUAAAUAUUAUUGAGACCGUGGAAGGCUUAACUGGCGGACGGUAGAGUCCAGACAAUUGGACCUUCAGCUUUUCGUCUCUCUUGUCUUUUUCUGUUGGGACGAAACCUAGAACGAUUCGGACUCCAAUCGACAGUGUUACGUAUCCUCCACGGAGGGGUCGGAGAUUCUGGUUGGACAGCUUCUGCUGCUGAUGACCCAGUAUUAUUUAUGAAUGAUAAAGGUCGAAGAGAUAUUUCUUCGACAAUAUUAUAGGCAUGAUAAGUCGUAAAUUCAUAAUCAUUAUGAUAAUAAUCUUGCAGAGUCGGUUCAUUCCGGAAUUUUUGCAUAACACACCAGCUGUGUGAUAGCAAGUGUGGAAAUCUUGAUAACCAGUACUCGGUAAAUUUAACCGGGAUCUCGCCGAGACUUGCCUGAGCUUCUGGCGUCAAUUCUCGGUAAUGAUGUUUCUGUAAUAAUUAAUUAUCAUGUGAUAAAUAUAUUAUUUUCUUUUCUUUUGACGUUAAUUAGACAAUAAAUAUAAUACUUUAUUUCUAAGUGCACGAAGAAGAUCUCUGACACUUUCGCCCCUGUAGCUUCUAUACUUUCUAAGAUCAUUGGCAACUUCGAUAUCGAUACAACUGCGCCAAUCUUUUUCAACCACACGUUCUCCGCCGGACUCCAGUACCAUUAAUGCAAGACUACCGGCAUCGUCUUUCUCAACUCGAUCACUGAUAUCCUG